AUGUCGACGCCGACGCCGCGGAAUCGCGACGGACGGCGCGAUCGACGACGCGCGAACGCGGACGCGUUCGAGAGCGUCGUCGUUCGUAAAAACGAAACGCUGAGCGCGUUCGCCAAGCGCACGGGGACGCGCGCGGAGGUGAUCCUGCUGCUGAACCCGCACGCGUCGGCGAAAGGGUUGAUCUCGGGGAUGGUGCUGGACGUGCCGCUGAAGGCGAAGACGGAGAAGACGGCGAAGACGGCGAAGAAGGGGCGAUCGGCGUCGACGAACGCCGCGGCGUCGGCGAACGACGCGCGGGGAGGCGGGAAGCGCGGAGGCGAGAAAACGACGACGACGACGACGACGACGACGAGUUUUAGUGGGAAACUGUACGAGAAAAGUUAUCCCGUGCUGGAACAGCGGAGUAAAGAGUUGCAAGCAGAGUUACGGGCGAGGGUGGAGGAGUUCGGAGUGGCGGCGAAGGGCGAGAAGGCGGCGCUCGCGGGCGAACUCGUCGGAAAAUCUCGCGACAAGCUGAGCGCUUGGAGGAAGAAGAUGAUGUCGGUAGUGGCUAAAACCACGGACGAAGCGGCGGAGAAUUUUGGGGCGAGAUUCGAAAAUUUCAAGUCGCGAGCGGGCGCCAAGAAGCCGAGCGAGGCGGCGAAGGAUAAGCGGCAACCGAAAAAGACGCCCAACGCGACGGCUGCCAAGGAUAAGGCGAAGGCGGACGCGGCGAAAGAGAAGGCGAAGCAGGAUAAGGCGAAGCAGGACAAGAAGGAUGCGAUAGCGCGCGAGAAGGAGUCGACCGAUAAGCCUAAAAAAGUGGAGACGAACAAGGCCGUCGCGGCGAAGCCCAAGCUCAAGGCGGACAGGGCCAAGCCGCGUCGCGAGUCUACUUCGAUCAACCAAACGGGUCAGGAGGUCGCGUGGACGUUGCUCUUCAGCGCAGGCCUUGGUGCGAUCGGGCACGUGUUGAAAAAGAUCGGCGAGAAGUAUCACAUUGCCGAGAGCGACGACGACGAGGUCAGGGAAUUCAAUCCGACGACGCUUUGGCAGUGGGCGCGCGACAAUGUCGUCUUCCGUCCGUGCCUCGGCGGCGGGAUUUGCGUGACAAUCCGAGACAAGGACGAGGAUCCAGAUGCGCCGGUCCAAAAGCACCCCAAGGUUGGAUCUCAACUGAAUCAUAUCGCGAGCACGAACUUUGCCGAGCACGCCGCGCCGGUGGAAAAAGCCAUGGUGAGGCGCGUGGAGAAGACUAAGGCGCAGUUGCAGACCUUUAUGGAAGCGAUGAAGAUACGCAACAUCGACGAGCACACAGAGCAGUUACUCGAGCUUCAAGAAGAGCUCGAGCGAGGGCAGUUUGAGAGCCAGCAAGAGCGUGCGCAGUGCCAAGAAAAGAUCGUCGCGAUCAAGACGCGCUUAGCCGAAGCGCAAGGGCUGCUGUCGAUGUGGGUGGAUCACUCCGCGAACGACGCGUACUUGAAGAACUUGAAACGCCGAGUUCUCGCGGCGUGGGUUGAGUUGUUGCAAGAACGUUACGUUCGUCAGCGCAUAAUGACCAAGGUGUACUUGCGAUGGCAGAACAUUGAACUCUCGCAAGCGUUUAAUCAGUGGUACGAAAACGCUCACGUGCUGCGCGUGCAACGUCUGCGCAAGGAAGGCAUGGACAUCCAAGAUAAGUUGAAGUUGGAGAGACAACGUUUGGAAGAAAAGCGCGCGGCGGAUCAAGAAAACAGAAUGCGUUGGAGUAGCCCCAAGAACGCCGAGGCCGCGAGGAACGAGGCGCGACGAAGCGCGUUCGAAGAGAAGUUGGCUUCGGCGGCGGCGGAUUCGCUCGUGGAAUAG